AUGUAUGCAUGGACUUGGGACCAUACCUCUUCAAACCCUUAUACAAUAUAUCUAACAGCAGCAGCCACGGGCACAGUUUAUUCUUCUCUUUUAUUUAUCUUCUUUUGGUUCCUCUUAGGUUCAUUAUCCAUCUCCGAUGCCAUUGUUCCUGCUAAUGAAACCUUCAAUUACGUCAACGAAGGCCCUUUAGUUAUAGAUCCCUACGAAUCCAUUAUUUCUGAAUACAAAUCAACUUACCGUCCACUUCCACCACCACUUAGCUACCCUUUCCGGCUCGUUUUCUACAACAUCACCCCAAAUGCCUACACUCUCGCCAUCCUCAUGGGAGUUUCACGUGACCAGUCCCUCAUGCGAUGGGUUUGGGAAGCCAAUCGAGGUAAACCAGUCCGCGAAAACGCCACUUUCUCGUUAGGCUCUGAUGGAAACCUCAUACUAGCUGAAGCUAAUGGUCAGAUUGUGUGGCAGACCAAUACCGCCAAUAAGGGCGUUGUCGGUUUUGCCUUACUAUCUAAUAGUAACAUCGUGCUUUUUGACUCGAAGGGUAACUUUGUCUGGCAAAGCUUCGAUUAUCCCAUCGAUACUCUCUUGAUCGGACAAAGUCUACGGGUGAGAGGAGGUCCAUACAAGCUUGUGAGCAGGCAGUCGGCCGCCAACAAUGUUGACGGGGAUUAUAACUUCAUAAUCGAGCCUAAAAGACUGGCUUUGUAUUACAAGAACAACAUGCGCUACUGGUCAUCCACGUUCCACAAAUUAAAUAGAGAAAAUGUGACUAUUGUAAAUGCGACUUUGGUAAUUCAAGAAACCGAGUACGAAGAGAACAACUUUACCGCACUUUGGUGUAAUCUUCAAAAUGAUCGUCAAUCUUUUGAAUUUUCUUUUUUAGAUUUGGGUCAAGUUCAGUACAACAGCUCGUUAUCAUAUCUCCGAUAGGGCAUCGACGGGAACCUAAGACUCUACACUUAUCGUGCAAAUGUGAGGGGAAACGCGGUGUGGACCUUGUUUGAUAGGCACGAGGAUGAGGGUGGGAUGAUUUUCGAAGACGAGUGUCAGUUACCAAAUCGGUGCGGCAACUUUGGGCUUUGUGAGGACAGCCAGUUUGUGGGGUGCCCGACGCCAAACGGGGUAUUUGCGUGGAGCAAAGAUUGUAACACCAAGUCACCGGGAUGUAACGCAAGUGGCUUUAGAUAUUAUCAGCUCAAAGGGGUCGAUCAUUUCACAGUUGAGUAUACACCCGGCACGGGGUCAGUGAAAAGGAGCGAUUGCGAGAGCAAAUGCACGAAUGAUUGCAAGUGCAUGGGAUACUUCUAUCAUACGAAUACCUUGAGGUAUUGGAUCGCUUACGAGCUGAAAACAUUGAAAAAAGUCGGGAAUUCGACUAGUUCUGCAUACAUCAAAACGCCCAUCUCCUAG